AUGGCACUCAGAGGAACUAACGAUUUUGUCAUUGCCGAUUGCUACAAAAUCAAAAGAAAAAUUGGGAGUGGAUCUUUUGGGGAGAUUUUUUCGGCAAUUAAUUUACAAACUGGAGAGGAAGUUGCUGUAAAAAUGGAGCAUAUUCAUGUAUUUUUUUUUUGA